UACCCUGGCGUUACAAGUGCCAUGCUCUACCAAUUGAGCUACAGAGGACCACACUUAAAUUCCCAAAGGAUUUCGUCAUUUUAAAUCUGGUUACGGAGUAGCAUAAGAGAGACAAGCUAGGCUACUAUGAAACCAUUUUAGCUUACUGACAUCCUACAUUUUACGAUUUGGUCAUAACAUGAAUCAAACAUGAAUUUAUAGUCUUUACAGUAUAGUAGCCUAGCCCUCUACAGUCAUAGGACAUUGCUAUGUCAGCCAUAGUCCUACUAGAACCUUUGUGUCAUAGCUCUACCAUACCGGCGAAAAUGCAUCAGAAAAUGUAUUAGAUUAUAAUGAGAUUUAUGAAGCGUAAAUGCAGCAUUUAUAGAUAUAACACAAGCCACCAGGCGUUGUGUUGUUACUGAACAACGCAUUAAGAUAAGACAAACAGAAGCCUAUGCUUGGAAGGUUAUGGGUAGGCUAUUGUUUCGGUAGCCUAUGUCCAAUGGGCUAUAGGCUAGGCACCCUAAUGCAUUUGUUUAUGAAUAACAUCCAGUUUAUAUCCCGAUGCGGUAUUUUAAUUUCCAUUUCAUUCCAGUGCCAUAAUUCAUAACGGGUCCCAUCAGGCAGCGCUGCGCAUGACACUAUUUUGCUCUCAGUCGCCAGAGCGCGCAGAGCGCGCCUGCACUGCCUGGCAUAAUAGCGCGUGGACGCGCAUGGUGGUGCUGAUGUGAGGGGUUCUUCUGCCGCUUGAGCAAAUGUAAAAAAAAAAUUAUGGAGAGCAUUCGAAGAUUUUUCUUAGUCUAAACACAAUACUGAAUUUGUCCGCUGGUCAAAAGGGGGAAAAUAAACGACGUGCGACCAUGUGGAUAGCUAUGUAAAUUAUGCGUAAAUUGUUUUGCAGAUAGCGGGGAGUUGCUCCCUUUCCGUAACCGUAGUGGUGACAGCUGCGGGAGCCAGUGUGUGAGGGAGAAGGAGGAGUGGUGUGUGUGUCUGCUCGGUGGUGGUGUGGAGAUGGCAGCGGGGGGUUGAGAAGGCGGAUGCCGCAGACAUGCCUAGCUGGCUAUCGCCGUCUCUCUCGCUGAGAGGUUAUCGGCAACUGGUGGCUGUUGAACCGAAAGAGCGCAUAAGAAACCUCGGAACCAUUGUCAUCUACAGGGUCAGCGGCGGCAUCACAGUGUCUAUGAUCUGUCAAUCAAAUCACACGCACUGGAAUUACAUGAGUGGCGCGCGGGGUUGGGCGGACGUGCCAGAUGAACCAUCGCCAGCAGACAUGGAAAAAAGGUCAAUGCUCGUCUGAUUUUCAAUUUCAUGAUUCUGGAAGAAAGUUGAUCAUUAGGAUAUCUACCCCCAGUGCGCGCGGCACAUCCCAUGCCAUUUCGCGAUCAUCAACAAUAAAUAGUCUAUUCACAUCAAUCAAUCAUUGUGGUUAUUAGCCAGCGGCAGCGAGUAGCCUACAGACAGCCAAGGAUAUCAGCCAUCUCAUUACAGCGAUACACGCCUAUAGGACUGUAAGCACCAAGCAGCGAAUAUGAUGUGCGAGGUGAUGCCGACGAUCACUGAGGGGGACUCGGGGGGUCCUCCCCGGGGUGGAGGGGCUCAGAACGGCUCGGACCCGGAAGCCAACUUCGAGCAGCUGAUGGUCAACAUGCUGGACGAGAGAGACAAGCUGCUGGAGUCCCUGCGCGAGACCCAGGAGACACUCAUCCAAUCACAGACCAAGCUUCAGGGUGCGCUGCACGAGAGGGACGUGCUCCAGCGUCAGAUCUACGCGGCGCUACCUCAGGAGUUUGCCACUCUGACCAAGGAGCUGAACAUGUGUCGGGAACAGCUGCUGGAGAAAGAAGAGGAAAUAUCUGAACUGAAAGCUGAGAGGAACAACACCAGGCUUCUCUUGGAGCACCUGGAGUGUCUGGUGUCUCGUCACGAGCGCAGUCUGAGGAUGACGGUGGUGAAGAGACAAGCUCCUCCUCCCUCUGGGGUCUCCAGCGAGGUGGAGGUCCUCAAGGCCCUCAAGUCCCUGUUCGAACACCACAAAGCCCUGGAUGAGAAGGUGCGUGAGAGGCUUCGGGUGGCUCUUGAGAGAGUGACUACACUAGAGGGACAGUUAUCAGCCACAACUCAGGAGCUGACCGUUGUGAGGCAGAGGAAGGAGGGAGAAUCUUUGGACAGGAACGACGCAUCCAAAUCCACCUGGAAGAGGCUACCUAACGGUUCCAUAGACGCCCAUGACGAUGGGAGCCGGUCGGUGGAGCUGCAGGAGCUUCUGGAUCGGACCAAUCAGGAGCUGGCUCAGAGCCGUGAGCGUUCGGGCACGCUCAGUACACGCGUGGCAGACCUGGAGGCGGAGCUAGCCAACACUCGCCGAGACCUGAGUCGCAGCGAGGAGCUAUCAGUCAAACAACAGAGGGAACAGAGAGAGGGGCUGGCACAGAGGGAGGAUAUGGAGGAGCGGAUUACAACGUUAGAAAAACGUUACCUGGCCGCUCAGAGGGAAACCACCCACAUCCAUGACCUCAACGACAAACUGGAGAACGAACUGGUUACCAAGGACUCUCUGCACCGACAGAGUGAGGAGAAGGUGCGCCAGCUACAGGAGUUGUUGGAGUUGGCAGAGCAGAGACUGGCUCAGACCAUGAGGAAGGCUGAGACACUACCAGAGGUGGAGGCAGAGUUAGCACAGAGGGUGGCAGCCCUCACCAAGGCUGAGGAGCGACAUGGCAACGUGGAGGAGAGACUCAGACAGCUGGAGUCACAACAGGAGGAGAAGAACCAGGAACUGGGCAGGGCACGUCAGAGAGAGAAGAUGAAUGAAGAACAUAACAAGCGUUUGUCUGACACAGUGGACCGUCUGCUCACUGAGUCUAACGAGAGACUGCAGCUCCACCUUAAAGAACGCAUGGCAGCACUGGAGGACAAGAACUCCCUGAUUCAGGAUCUGGAGAACUCCCAGAAACAGCUGGAGGAGUUCCACCACACCAGGGAGCGUUUGAUUGGUGAGAUUGAGAAGAUGCGGAAUGAGAUCGACCACUUGAAACGCCGAAGCGGAGUGUUUGGAGAUGGAUCACACCCACGGUCUCACAUGGGCAGUGCCAGCGACCUGCGUUUCUCAGUGGUAGAGGGGCAGGAUGGACACUACAGCUCUGCGGUCAUCAGACGGGCACAGAAGGGGCGCCUGGCAGCGCUACGCGACGAACCCAACAAGGUGUGUGCGGUGUGUGAGCAGGACUACUCGUCUCUACGCAGCAGCGUCAGUCACCUCCUGGGCAGUGACAUGGAGGCGGAGUCAGACCUAGAUGAUGAUGUUAGCUCCGUCCUCCUGUCACCCAGCGGCCAAUCAGAUGCACAGACUCUGGCUCUGAUGUUGCAGGAGCAGCUGGAUGCCAUCAAUGAGGAGAUCAGGAUGAUCCAAGUGGAGAGGGAGUCUGCUGACCUCAGGGCAGAUGAGAUAGAGUCUCGUGUGAACAGCGGUAGCAUGGACGGACUCAACGUUACACUCCGCCCCCGAACCAUGCCCACCUCAGCCACUGCCCAAUCCCUGGCCUCCUCCUCGUCCCCGCCCAACAGCGGACGCUCCACCCCCAAACACAACACCCACAAUGCCAGCCACCAGCUGGGAAUCAUGACCCUGCCUAGCGACUUAAGGAAACACCGCAGGAAAAUAGCAUCUCCAGUGGAAGCUCGUGAGGAUAAGGCUACUAUCAAAUGUGAGACAUCUCCCCCCUCCUCCCCCCGCAGUCUGAGACUGGAGACCAACUUCGCCCAGCUCACUGGCAGUCUGGAGGACGGACGAGGGGGUAAAGCGAAGAAGGGCAUCAAGUCGUCUAUAGGUCGUCUGUUUGGGAAGAGCAAGGAGAAGGGCAGGAUGGAGGGAGGAGGGACACUGGGGAGGGAGGGACAGCCUCUACCUGCCCUGAUGCCGGGAGUAGACUUUGAGAUGACCAUCGGAGACACCAUGACUCUGGGCAAGCUGGGCACCCAGGCAGAGAGAGACCGCAGGAUGAAGAAGAAACAUGAGCUGCUUGAGGAGGCCAGGAGGAGAGGACUGCCCUUCGCCCAGUGGGAUGGACCCACCGUGGUCUCCUGGCUAGAGCUGUGGGUGGGUAUGCCUGCCUGGUACGUGGCAGCGUGUCGUGCCAACGUGAAGAGCGGUGCCAUCAUGUCAGCCCUGUCUGACACAGAGAUCCAGAGGGAGAUUGGCAUCAGUAACCCCCUGCACCGCCUCAAACUACGCCUGGCCAUACAGGAGAUGGUCUCCUUAACCAGCCCCUCUGCCCCGCUCACCUCAAGAACGUCCUCUGGAAAUGUGUGGUUAACUCAUGAAGAGAUGGAGAACCUGGCUUCCUCCACUAAAGCGGAGAAUGAGGAGGGCAGCUGGGCUCAGACUCUGGCGUACGGGGAUAUGAACCAUGAGUGGAUAGGUAAUGAGUGGCUGCCCAGCCUGGGUCUGCCUCAGUACCGCUCCUACUUCAUGGAGUGUCUGGUGGACGCCCGCAUGCUAGACCACCUCACCAAGAAAGACCUCCGCACACACCUCAAGAUGGUCGACAGCUUCCACAGGGCCAGUCUGCAGUAUGGGAUUAUGUGCUUGAAGAGACUCAAUUACGACAGGAAGGACCUGGACCGUCGUAGAGAGGAGAGCAUGCAUGACAUGAAAGAUGCGCUAGUGUGGACCAAUGAGCAGGUGGUCCACUGGGUCCAGAGUAUAGGUCUGAAGGACUACAGUACCAACCUGAUGGAGAGUGGAGUCCAUGGGGCUCUCAUUGCUUUGGAUGAGACCUUCGACUACAGCAGCCUGGCUCUCAUACUGCAGAUCCCCAUGCAGAACACACAGGCUCGGCAGGUUCUGGAGAGAGAAUUCAACAACGUCCUGGCCCUGGGCACUGACCGCCGAUUGGAGGAGAGUGGGGAUGAUAAGACGUUCCGCCGCUCUCCAUCGUGGCGUAAACGUUUCAGAGCGCGGGAGGGAGGUGGGGGAAUGGGCAUGAUGGCGGGCUCCAUGGAAACACUGCCCGCUGGGUUCCGUAUGCCCUCCAUGUCCAUGCCCCCGUCUAUGGCCCUGGUGCCCAAGAAACAGCUGCAACCAGAAGCUCCUCCCCCGGCUCCCCAGAGACUCGACCCCUCUGCUGUACGGACGUACUCAUGCUAACUCCACUCCACUUACUAACAGGAGCUAACGCUAACAGUGCAUUCCCAUUAUCUGUAUGGACACAUGCUUGCGGCCUUUCGAGAGUGACAUGCCGAAUUUGGGAGAGAUCUUGACGUUUAGGGACCUGUAUCCAGCGUCACCUCUCACCUUCUCCGUGGGACACGUGCAAUACGGAGGUGACCUCUGACUUUUUGACCUUUGAACUCUGACCGUGCUCAAUGGCCACACUCACUGCUGUAAAGGAGACUCGGCCUAGUCUCUAUUCCCAGUAAACCCAGUACCCCCAGUAGCCUUGUUGUUGUGGUGUUGUGCUCCCGCGUAGUCCUAAUUCCUAAUCUGUGGGUUCUAGUCCUAAUUCCUAAUCUGUGGGUUCUAGUCCUAAUUCCUAAUCUGUGGGUUCUAGUCCUAAUUCCUAAUCUGUCGGUACUAGUCCUAAUUCCUAAUCUGUGGGUUCUAGUCCUAAUUCCUACUCUGUGGAUUCUAGACCUAAUUCCUAAUUUGUGGGUACUAGUCUAACUCUAGUCUAACUCCUGGGUGUUUCCCACCUACACGUCGUCCCCUCUCGGUUAUGCAAGGUAUUCAUCAUUUAUUGUCUCUCUUUGUAAAUAAAAUGGAUGACAUAUGUUUUUUUAUAUAAAUAUAUAUAAAUAUAUAUAUUGGAAUUAUAUAUGGAGAAUAUUAUAAUAAUAUCAUUGCUGUAUGAAACCCAAUGCCCUGUAUUCGGUGGUGACUGUUCUAUUUGUGUGUUGGACCUCUGUGUGUCUUAUAUGCUGUCAGUGUCUGGAAUGCCAGUUAUAUGAGGGACUCACUAAGCAGGGGUCUGUUACUCUAUGUCAAUACUACUACUAUGAUUCUCAGCCACAGGUUCUUGGGUCCAGACCUAAACGGUUCAGUUACCUUUCCUGCCUUUUAUCCCCUACUUUCCUUCUCUCUUGUCAUAUCUCCUUUCCUCCUUCCCCAUCUCCUUUCCUCCUUCCCCAUCUCCUUUCCUCCUUCCUCAUCUCCUUUCCUCCUUCCCUUUCUCCACUUGUUUCCUCCUUUCCUUCCUUUAUUUUACACUAUGUGGCUAUCAUGAGUAGAGUAAGUGAUCCUGUAGAUAUGAGAGGGUACAGUAUGAGCUGUGUGUGUAAAUGAAAGCAAUAGGCUCAAAUAUUUUAGACUUAAGGGAAACAGCAUGUUAUGAAAGCCAAACCCUAGACUAACCUCCAUGGAUGGAUGGUGUUGUUUUUCUCUACUUCGUUUCAAAUCAAACAGUAAAUUGCUGCUAGGCAUCAGCCAAAUAAAAUCCUCACAAACAGGACACCUGACAGAGACAGUGAUGAUGCCAUAUAUGGACUUUUCCCCUGCCGCCCCCUUCCUGUCCAGUUGCCAUGGGGAUGUGAAAGUGGCCAAUGAUGCUGCCUGAGCACUAGCAAGUGUUGUGUGUAUGCCCUCCUCUCCUCCAAUGAGAGAGCUCUAUCAGUGAACUAGUGAAGUGUUGGAUGGGUGUAUUCCUUUUUAUUUUACAGCCAAUGUUUUAAAGGUGUCUAAAAGGUGUAAUGUGCUACUGUGGCAGCUAUGAGUACUGUAUGUGUAUUUAUUCCAGGUGUGAAAUUAUGCUGACAAAUCAAGAUUUUAUUAUUUGGCUAUUUAAAAAGUGUAUUGUAUUUAUGACACUAUAGACAUAAGUAAAGCUGUUUUUUUAAAAGAUAAA